AUGGCAAGUGAACCCGAAAUGGUUGUAAAAAGAGUUAGUGUUCCUUUAGGUUUAGAAGAGCUUAUGGAAACUUUAACGAAAGAGGUGCUAAAGAAAAAACCAGAUGAUAUCUACACCUUUGCAUCCGAAUAUUUUUCACGUCUAUUAUCCAUUAGAAAUAAAGCAAAUUAUAAAGCAGUACCUUUACCAAAAGUUGGAAAAUCAAUCCAACAACCAUCAGCCAACGGGGGUUUACGUAAAGAAUACACAAAAAACGACGUAUUAAAAAUUAAAACAGCAACAAUUGGCACAACUAUAAAAUUAAAAAAUGAGCAACCUCCGUUACCUAUUCGCAGGAUCAAUAGACGAAACGUCAAGGCUAAAGUAGACUCUAACUUGUCACCGAGAACCCCUCAAAACGAUAACAUAAAUGAAAAAGCAAAAUGUAUCCUCGAAAAACGUCGCCUAUCGAAAUCUUUGGAAUCCAAAAAGCGAGAUCCCCCGAAAAGUACGGAAACAAACAAGAAUAAACUGAAAAAAACCUCUUCGAAAUCUUCCUCAAGUUCUACUAUUUCUAAUGAAGAAACUAAAUCACCCAUUAAAAAUUUAAUAAAUAAAGCUCCUAAACAAAAUGAAACUUCAUCGAUGUCGAUGGAAAAUGCAGCAAUUUUAAUACAAUCUUUGAUAAGAAGUUUUAUAACUAGACGUAGAUUGAGGAAAAUUGAAAAAUCGUCUGAGUAUAAAGAAGAAAUUAAAAAUAACGAAGUUGAUUCUAUUUUUGGCGGUGAUGUUCAACCAUCUAACAAUAAAGAAAUCAUCUCUGAGAUGGAUAAUUACAAAAAUAAAGCAGCCACGAAGAUUCAAUCGGUAUGGAGAGGUCACAAGAUCAGGAAAAAUGUUAGUUUUAAAAGUGAGAAAGUCGAUGGAGCACUUACCGAAGAGCAACGUCGAAAAGCUGCGAUAGUAAUUCAAGCUUUAUUUAGAGGAUAUUUAUCUAGAAAAGAGCAUAGAUUUAUUCCUAAGGUUGUUAUUGACUAUAAAGAGAGAUUAUCCACUUUGGUGGAAGAAGAAAAUCUUGAAGAUAAUGUCGAAAAAAUAAAGAUGACAAUGAUAUAUUAA